ACCAACUGAGCUAAUGGGCCUGUGAAAGUUCUGACAUAAAUUUACCUUAUAUUUAGGAAAACGACUCGACAAUCCAUGGUAUAUUAAAAUUGAGGGAGAAGAAGCAGGAAGAAACCCAUAUUUCAGGCAUGAAGGACGAUUACGAGGUUGAAGAAAAGAAGCAAGCUGCUGCUGAUGUGUUGUUUCAAUAUUCAAAUUUUGUUAUGGCAUGUAUUGGUAAUCAAGUUCGACCUUGCGACUUGAGACUGCAUUUGAUGAAGGAAGUUUCAGGAUUGCCAACUUCUUUAAAGCGGGAACCCCGUCCAACAUCUUUUCCUGAUGUAAUGGGAGAAUUCUCAAGCUCAGGUACCUCAAGACUGGAUAAAGCAGACAGAUUUCGAGGUCCUUAGGUUUGGAAACUGCAACAAUCUAUUUCUUUUCCCGAGUUUGCUCUCUGUAAAAUUUUAAGUAGCAUCAGUUGAUGUACUCUUUGAGGCAUGUAGGAGGCAUCUUGUUCAUUUUAUUUUCAGUAGUAUCAGUGACGGCAGUUGAGCAAUCUUUGUCGCAUGUAUGUUGAUUAUAUGAAAAUUAUUUCUUCCAUCAAA